ACGAAAACGAGAGCAAAAGCACGCAGGCAGCAUCUCCCGAGAGCUUGCAAUAUCGAGUCAGGGCUGGCUUUAAAACGUCGUGGUUGCAACGAGGCCGUCGCGCUGAUCUAUGAUACAUCGCUGAUCCAGGGUACAAACGCGGAAAGCGACCGCCAUCCAGCUCGAAACCAGGAGGAAAGACUUUGCGUCUACCACGAUAUACAUCCCGGAGGACCAUCCCGAAUCCCUCCUGGUCCUCUCCUCCUCACACUCCUUCGAUCCCCCGACCCACAACAGCCAGAACAUGCGACGAAGCGGCUCGUCCGCCCAACGGAACAUGCGUGCACCGUCUCCCACCAACACCACCUACUCUGGUAUCUCCAACUACAAGACAGACUCCUACCGGCCUCUUGGCGCAAGUCCCACGACCAACACUGCCACCGACGCACGCUCAGUUGCACGCACCCAUUUCGAGGAACUCCAUCGUUACCUGGCUUCUUACCUCGCUAAAGAACCUGCAAACUCGCGCUCGACUGCACGGCAGAAGCUGACGAGGCUGACGAGGCAGCAGUUUCAGGAACUGUCUACGGAUGUGUACGAUGAGCUGAUUCGAAGGAAGACGAAUACGACGGAUAACGAAGUCCCUUUCCUGCCUGUGCGGGACGACUUCCACCCGAAGCGCAAUCAAGCUCGUCAGAAACUUGCGACGUUGCCAACAGGUCGUUUCAAAGACUUGUCUAGUGAUGUCUAUUACGAGCUUGGUCGACGAUAUCCAGAGUUCAAGGAAGAAGUGUCACCAGUUGCUCCUCUCAUGCCAUCGCCCUACGACGACUAUCAGUCUUCCGAAUACAGUACGCUGUAUGACAAGGCGUCAUCUGGGGGUCGUCGCACAUCGGAAGACCGAGCUGUCGACAGUGGAUAUGGCGCGAGCUCUCCAGUACCAAUGAGGAAAAGCGGUGACGAUUAUUCAGGUGUACGCGGAAGUCACGACGGCUAUGGUGCGGACCCCUACGGAAGCCGCAGGCGACCUUCGCAGGACGCGUCCGGCCGACGGUCACUCGAAAGAGAAAGCCUUGGACGGCGGCCAAGCCAGUCCGUCAGCGUGCACAGCGACUCGACGUCGGCGACGAACGCGCAGAGCGCGACCGCAGGCAUGAUCAUCCCGAAUAAGAGCACCAUCGCCGAGGAAGAGAUCGAGGUGCCCUAUGGCCGCGAGCUCCGCGAGAGCACAGGAACCGAACGCGACCGCAGCAGAGAGCGCACCGACACGGAGGGCGAAACGGACGAGAUGCGAAGUCCUGCGCCUACUUUUGGCGGGCUCAACGCGUUGAGCGCGCGGCUGCAGGUCGACGAGGACGAGGACGAGGGCCUCGCGGGUACGCGAAGCAACGACGACUACUUCGAGAAGCUGUCGUAUGGGCGUGCCUCUGUCACCUCCGACCGCUCCGCAAGCGGGCGCAUAACCGGCGGCAGAACGAGUGUGGCUGGCGAGGACGAGAGGAUCAGGCGGGAGUACGAGUUCAAGAUCGCGACGAUGCAGACGCGCAUCACUGGCCUCGAGCGGGACCUCGAGGAAGCCCUGCAUGGUGACGACAGAGUGCGACUGAUGGAGGCAGAGCUCGAAGAGCUCCGACGGAGAGUGGAAGAACAGACAAACUCUAUGCGCAUCUUGCAGCAUGAGCUGGACCAGAUUCGCGAAGAAAAUGCGAGGGAAAAAGAGAUGGCUGCUCGGCGGGCACGGGCAGACGAGGAGGAAAUGCAGAUGCUACGCGAACGUCUCGAAGCGGGCAGCGACAGAGAGGUUGAUCCUGAAAUCCUCGAUCAUCUUCGCUCGGAUAUGGAGGGACUCAUGACUGAGCUGUCAGACCUUUCCAAGCGCAAUGACGAGCUCAUGACCGCCAAAGACGCUGAUUUGGUGGUUAUCCGAGACUUGGAUACUCAACUGAAGGAGUACAAGCGCAAGUACGAACAGGCAAAGACCGAGCUGAGGAGCAUGAAAGCCACGUCUCAGCUGUUUCUGCAGCCUCCCAAGGUAGACGAUCAGCUUCCGGUUUCGUCAGAUGGAGGUCUGCUCGAUAUUCAUAUCACAGGAUUUGUCUCCUCUAUCGACGGCCUGCUGACCGUCGGGCGUUCGCCUCAGCCGACUCGGGUGUUGACACCCAUGAAGUCAGUCGUGAAUGCCGUAACCGCAAUCAUCGAGGAUGUCCGUGCGUUUGAACGCCGGCCAGCCCGCGAGCGCGCGGAUGUCGACCUCGAGGCCCUGCAAGCCCUCCGCGAGCGCGCAGAGGCGACGCUCAGCAACCUGGUCACGGCCGCGAAGACCCACGCAACGAGCGCGGGCAUGUCGCCCGUCAGCCUACUCGACGCCGCGGCCAGCCACGUCUCCUUCACGAUCACCGAGAUCGGGAAGACGAUCAGCAUCCGGCGGGCGACCAAGACGGAGCAAGAGCGGUUCGCGCCGGUGUCGCCGCCGCCGCCAACGAGCUCGCCGUCCUCGACCGCGUUCAACACCAUGCGUUCGACGGGCCACAACCGCGCCGGCAGCAGCUCGAGCUUGCGCUCGGACCGUCUGGCGGAGUUUGCGUCGGUCUCACCCAAGUCCUCGCUCGGUAGGAGUUCACUCGAGAAACCAUCAAGCGCAGGCAACGGCUCAUCCACGUUCAAGGGCAACAACGGGACGGGCGAUGACUCGGUGCUGGCGGAGGGACCGGAGGACGCCUGGACGGAGCUGAAGCCGUACCUGGAGGCGCAGACCGAGUCCAUCGUGUACGCGAUCCAGAGCGUGCUCUCCGCGGUGCGGAGCCCGACGCCGUCACCGAACCUGAACGAGAACCUGACGCAGAUCAUCACGAUCGUGUCGAGCAUCGUCGCGGUCUGCAAGGACAACCUGCCGGCGGCGUCGGCCGAGCAGGGCGGUGAGAUCCUGCGCGAGCUCGGCGACCAUGCGACGAAACUCAGCGAGGUGCAGGCGCUUCCUGAGGUCACGAAGGACUCCCGACAGGUGAUGGCGAAGUCGAGCUUCGCUGUCGCGAACGCAAUGAAGGGUCUCAUGAAGCUUUAACGUAUCCCUAUCCAUUUUCACGAUAUUGCCCCCUUGAACUGGUUUCACAUGUGAUCAUUCGUCUUUUCGUUUUCUCUACGUGUUGCAUUUAUAAUAGGGCCC